UUCAAAGUCACCCACAGUACCUUUAAUGACAGGAUUCCCAGGAGCACCACCACUGCUGGAGAGCUUUAGGUUUUAGAAGAUGGGGUGGUCUAGAAUGUUGCUCUUAGCCAAACUGUUUCUAACCUUAUGGCUUUCUACUGCCAAAGGUGAAGUGAGAUAUUGUGAUUUCCCCAAAAUAAGCCAUGGGAUACUACAUGAUGAAAAGAAAUAUGAAGCAUUUUCCCCUGUUCUUAGUGGGAAUGUUUUCUACUACUCCUGUGAAUAUAAUUUUGUGUCUCCUACAAAUUCCUUCUGGACCCGCAUAACGUGCACAGACGCAGGAUGGUCACCAACACCAAAGUGUCUCAGGCUAUGUUUCUUUCCUUUUGUGGAAAAUGGUAAUUCUACAUCUUCAGGACAAACACACUUACAAGGUGAUAUUGUACAAGUUGUUUGCAAUGAAGGCUACAGCCUUCAAAAUAAUCAGAACACCAUCGAGUGUACUGAAGAGGGCUGGUCCAUUCCUCCCAAAUGUGUAUCCACCACAGGGAAAUGUGGGCCUCCUCCACCUAUUGACAAUGGAGACAUCACCUCCUUCCCAUUGCCACAAUACCCACCAUCAUCAUCAAUUGAAUAUCAGUGCCAGUCCCUUUAUAAAAUGGAGGGCAGUAAGAAUAUAACAUGUAGAAAUGGAGAGUGGUCAGACCCACCAAAGUGUUUACAUGCAUGUGUAACAUCAGAAGAAAUUAUGGAAAAACAUAAUAUAACUCUCAAAUGGAGAGAAUUUGGAAAGAUUUAUAUCCAAUCAGGAGACUAUGUUGAAUUUAAGUGCAAAUUUAGACAUAAACCGGCAAAAACAUCACCUCCAUUACGUACAAUGUGCAUUGAUGGUCACAUCGAUUAUCCCACUUGCUCAAAAAAACGUUCUUGGUUCAGUGGAUGAAUGAACCUUUGUUUAGAAAUAUGCAUGCAUAUUAUUAAUACAGUUUCACUUUAUGUUUGAAGUAUUGUAUAACUCACUUCUUCUCAUAAGUAUAAACUUGUGCUGAUGUAUGGUAAUUAAUUUGGAGCCUAAGAGAACACUGCCACAAAUGCAAAGCAGUGCAUUUAAAGUAGAAUGGGCUGUGUGCUAGCACAGUAACUAAUGGUAAUAAAAUAGAUGCAAUCACUUCAGUGUCUGUUUCUAUCCAUCACUUUUCAAAAUCUCUCCAAUCUUCCUCAGUACCUUUGGAUCUAACUCUGAUUCACAAUAAACUGAAGUCAUAUUGU